UAGGACCUUCAUCUUCUAUCGGAGAUGAAGGGUAGUAUUAAUACUACACAGAAUAAGGGUAGUAUACUUAUUUUGGAUUAAAGUAGGGUUUAUUAUUAAUCAGAACUGAAGUUUUCUUUCUUACUUUACUUUUAGAGAUUCAGAAAUCAUGUUCAGUUUAAGCGGGAAUAAUUUCGGUUCUGUUUGAUUGUUCUUGAAAUUCCCCUUUUCAAUGGAGGUUGAUUCAAAUUCCUUUUCUCUGUUUAAGAAUCAAAAAUUAGGCGAUCCAUGGUUACCAUCGAAACACUGGGAAUCGGUUUCAUCUGAAAGUGGAAUUUCUCACUCUAAAACUUCAAAUUCAGUUCGUAAAUCUAUUUAUGAUUCUUCCACUAUCUCUGAGGAAAAUCUGGUGAGAUUAGUUAUAAAUGCAUUACAAGGUGUAGAGUCUUCUCUUAUCAGCAUUGAAAAGCUUGGUGAAUCAUUUUCUAACAGUCCAGCUGAUAGAACUUCACAUCGGAUACCUAGCCUAUGGUAUCGUUCGUCUAGUACUAAUGCGUCUGGAAAGAUUCUCAAGUCUAUUGGUCAUUCGGGUCUUAUCACUUUGUUAGUUCGUAAAUUCAUCGACUAUUUUCAGUGUAUAAACUCAAGUGUAGAUGGAAGAAGAAGAAAAGAAGAGGGGUUUGAAAGCAAGCAUGUGCAUAGUGAAAUUGCUGAGAGUCAAAAUGUCGAGACAAAUGAAACAGUGUGUGAUCAUCAAUAUAGUCUUGUAAAUCAGGCAUUCUCUGUUGCUGUGGGAAAAGUCUUGGAGGGGUAUAUUUGUGCCCUAGAUACAGUAUAUGCAUCAGCUCAGAUGAGGCAUUCAGUAAAGAAGGUUGAUGCUUCUUCACCCAUUUCUUCUAAUGUUGGUUGUCUCACAAGCGUUGUACAUUCUGAGAUCACACUGCUUGAAGUUUAUCUGCAUUCCAAGGAAUUAAGAACUCAUAUUGAGGCCCUGGGAAAUAUUUGCCUGCUUAAGCAUGUAGGUCUUGCCUUCUCAAUAUCUUCUGUGUAUGAUGUGACCCUGGAAGCGACCAAAGAGUUUAGUCGCUUCCCCAGAGGGGCAGAGUUGCUGACAUAUUUAUAUACUCAGCUUCGGGAUGCUGAUCCAGCUCACCAUGCACUUCUCAAGUUUCUGUUCAUUCGGUCAUGUGAACCAUAUUGUGGCUUCGUUAAGUCGUGGAUUUAUCAGGCCAAGAUUUACGAUCCUUAUGAGGAGUUUAUUGCCGAAUAUGUUGAUGAUUCCAUGGCAUACUCGCAUACUAGUGGUGGCUCCUUGUUGGCAUCUAUCAAGGAACGGAAUGGAGUUGCAGUUCCUUGUUUCCUCAAAAACUUUUCUCUUCCCCUACUCCGAGCUGGUCAGCAGCUUCAAGUACUCAUUAAAUUGCUCGAGUUGUGCCGCUGGAUGUGUCCUGGAGAUCAAACAUAUAAGGAUAUCCUUUCAUGUUGGAGUGGUGCUUCAACUGAUCAGCUGUAUAACUUGUCCCCUCUAACUUUUAGCAAAAACGGCAUAGAAGAAAUGGAAGCUGCGAGGGAAAAUAUGUACAGUGUGAUGCAAGAAAGUCUUCAUAUUCAUUUUACUAGAUUGGAAGUCCAAUAUCAGCAGAUCAGUCGGAAUGUAAGUCCUUUUGGUACUGUAGCUAUGUUUGCUGAUGACAGCAGAGACAUUUUGGAUGACUAUUUGCUCUCCCCUUCUUCGACUGCUGAAAAUGGAGACUUAUUGGAAGCAGCUACACAUGAUUCUGACACCUCUGGUGCAAUGGAUGAGUUCUCUUAUGAGGUGGAUCACUGGGAGUCUUCUGAAUGCUCAUCUUUGAAUAGUGAUUCCGAGUUGGAUGCGACUGAGGAACCAGCUAUAUCUCAUGAGAACGUGAUUGAGAUGGAACUAAAAUCUUUAUCUGCUUCAGGUUUAUUUACAUGCCUUCACAAAGUGGGGGAUUUGCUGUCCAAGUCUUCUAAGUGUGAAAAUGGUUGUAUGGACUUGCAUACUCCAAGACGUGCUUCUGAGAAAUGCGUAGGAAGAACGAAUUUAAUCAACCAAAACAUGGAAUGUCAUAAACAAGAAACGAAGUUGAGCUAUACUAUAAACCACUUUCAAUCUGAGGCCGGAAAGAAUCCUAGCUUAUUAGAUGCUCAAUAUGCUACCUACCAAUUUAUUGAUUGCUGGCCAGUGGGCGGGCUUUUGAAAAACCCUUUUCAUCACGAUGGAGGUUACAAGGAUGAGACAGUAUUGCAGCUUACUAGCUGUAGUGUAGACGUGCCUGAUAGCAACAGACAUGUCUUGGGGGAGGGAAUAUCCAAGUUUGGGGAAAUGUGUGCUUCAGGUAAUUAUUUUCCUGAUCAUGGUGGGGAUAUUCAGCUUAAAAAAGGAAGUCAUGGAUCAUCUGAUUCACUUCUUUCUCCUUCAUGGAACCUUAAGUACAGCAGUAACUUUUUCAAUAUGAACCCCAUGCUAACAAAGUACGCUUGGUCACAAAAGAUAGAUGUCUCAAGAGGUACAAGCUGUAUGCCUUCUAUUCCAUGCUUCAAUUUUUCAUCAGUCGAGGAUCCUUCUAAAGUGUUUCAAGAAAGGGUGCCUUCUAGUUUUGGAAAAGGAUUUCAAGGUGAAAUUUCUUCAUUUGAGGAAUCUGCUGUCAAAGUGGAUGAUUACAGUGGAAAACAGGGUCUUGAUGGAGAUAGCAUUACGGUGGAUCAAAGAAACUCAUCUUGGGCUAAAUCAAGUUUGAUCUCGAGUGAGAAACAACAGAAAAACAAUGCUGCCGAAAGUACUUCUGGAGGGGGGAAGUGGGAGCAUUCAUUGAGUUACUCCAGUAACAGUGCCUUAUAUAAUGCUGGAGAUCGCAGGCAGAAUCCAAGGAGAACUUGUACGUCCGAUAUACCACUUGAUGUCGUUAUUGACAAGUGCAUUCUUCAGGAAAUCCUUCUUCAAUAUAUGUAUGUUAGCAGCAUAACUAUUAAGUUGCUUGAGGAAGGAUUUGCACUGCGAGAACAUUUGUUGGCUUUGCGAAGAUACCAUUUUAUGGAAUUUGCUGACUGGGCAGAUUUGUUCAUCAUGUCUCUUCGUCGUCAUAAAUGGUAUGCUGCUGAUGGAAACAAGAGAAUUUCAGAAAUUCAAGGACUCCUGGACACUGCAGUGCAGCGUUCUUCUUGUGAAGGAGACCCUUACAAGGAGCGGUUAUUUGUUUACACAAAAGGGCAUGACAUGAUGCCUCUCUCAAACUCCGCCUUUGCAGGGGUCCAUGCCUUUGAUUUUAUAGCACUGGGUUUCAGAGUCAGCUGGCCAAUUAAUAUUGUCUUGACUCCUAGUGCACUAAAAAUAUAUGCUGAGAUCUUCAGUUUUCUGAUUCAAGUGAAGCUGGCGGUUUUCUCAUUAACCGAUGUCUGGUGCUUGUUAAAGGAGAUGUUGCUCACUAAAUGGAAAAAAAUUCUGAAACUUAAAAUCAUGGAUUUGGUGAAAUUAGUUACCCCAAAUCGUAAGUGUGGAUUUGAUACGCAGGAUAAGCGCUACUUCGAUGUCCUUAUGAAGAUGAGAUAUCAGGUCAAUCACUUCGUCUCUACAUUGCAGCAGUAUGUGCUCUCACAGUUGUCGCAUGUUUCCUGGUCCAGGUUCCUUCACUCUCUUAACCAUGAGGUCAAAGACAUGCUUGACAUAGAGUGUGUUCAUAUGGCAUAUCUUGCCGAUUCAUUGCACAUAUGUUUCCUUUCUGAUGAAACUCGCCCAGUAGCUGCCAUCAUCGAGAACAUUCUGCAAAGUGCACUGGAUUUCUGUUCAUGCUUCCUUCCUGGUGGCAGCGAGUCUGUUUUGGACCAAAGGGACUCGUCUAGAAUACUAGACCGUCUCAAUUUUUCACAGGUUUUAAGUAUCAAGGAAGCCUUCGAGAAGAACUUGAAAGAACUGUAUAUUUGCUAUUUAAAGUCUCCAAAACAUGAAAAGUAUGGACUAUGUCAUUUCUGGGGAUAUCUCAAUUACAACGACUACUACUCAAAUGUCAUUGGUAAUGGAAUAGUAAGACUCUAUGCAUUAUAAUCAAGCUGCUAAGAUACAUCCUAGGUCUCUUAUUGGGCUUCCUGAGAAAUUUGUAUAAAUGGAGGUAAUAUUCUUUAAUAUUAAAUGAAAUUGUUGUGGCCGAACACUUUUCAGAUAUUUUGUGAGAAUGGGGUUGUUGUGGAGCACGAAUGUUCUGCAGUUGUGUAUAUACUAUAAUUGAUUCCAAGUGCUGUGGUAGUUUCCACUAGUAAUCUAGUGUACUUCUUUACUUUUGAUUUUAUUUUUUCGAUAACUUGUACAAUCUUACACCUUGAUUGGUUAGAAGAAUUGGAUUUCAUGGAA